CACUAGGUGGCGGCAGAACAGAGAACACAACGUUUUUGAAUCCACACAGCGGUUUGACGUUUGGUCUGUAUCAGUUUAUCAAGUGUUCGGGUGUGUUUGUGUUUCAGCGGGUACAGCGCGGAGCAGCCGUCCGUUCGUCACGGCGAAACAACCGUUAAAGACUUGGCCGUGAUAAUCACCGUAUUCACCUUCUUUUUCUCUACUUAAUUUUUAACCGGUAAGCUAACGUCCAGCGUUAAGCUUGUGUGUGCGGCGUUACCAUGGUGACGCUCCGCGCUCGAGGCAAAGGGGACGCGGACCACAGCGGCGGACCGCCGCCGCAGCAGCAACAGAGGCCGGCCAGGAGCUCCGAGUCCCCGCCCCUGGACCCUCCAGCGACCCGGAGCAGAGGCACCGUGACCCGGCUGGAGGCACCCGGACUGUCCAAUGGAUUUAAUGCCGAAGAUGAUGACGAGAAUCACGUCGAUUCAGAAACACAGGAGGAUGACGAUCGGAAACCAGCGAGAAGCGUCAUCAGGAAAACUCCGUGGCUUCGAAAAAACGCAGGUGGUAGGAGGAGCGCGCUGAGGAGAAGCACCAGGCCGACCAAACGGACCAGCAGAUAUCAGGCCGCCAACAUGUUUGACGGCAUCGGCGUCAACGCGGCCAGGUCGGUCAUAAAGACGAUGGACAACAUGAAGAACAAGAGGCGACUCAGUAACAACAAAGAAGGAAAGAUCUACUCUAAAGCCCAGAGGAGGAGGACACCAGUGCCACGGCAGAGAGAGCUCAACGACAGCGACGAGGAAAACGGUGCGGCUGAUGACGAGGACAGCAGACAGGAAGUGGCUGCCGACGAGGACAGCAACUGCAGCGUCAACCAGAACUUUGACGCCAAACUGAGCCGAGCCUCGUCGCUCUACCAGGGACCCAGCAGCGAGUUCCCGAAAGGAACCUUACGGAUCGGCGCCUCUGGACCAAACACGACCCGCAGAGGAGCCUACAGACCAACUAAGAGAGUGUGGUCGAAUCAGUCUGAUGAAGACAACGACUCUGACGACGAAGACCAAAACGACGGGAAAGUCCCUGACAGCUGCCGCCCGCUCGGCCUGCGUACAGACGAUCUUCUGGGGAAUCGCAGAGAGAAAAUGAAUGCAGGAGCAGGCCUGGCAGACAUCGAUCCCAUGGCCAUCGACCAGUCCGUGGGUUUCGACAGCAUCGGAGGUCUGUCGGGUCACAUCUCAGCUCUGAAGGAGAUGGUCGUCUUCCCGCUUCUCUACCCCGAAGUCUUUGACAACUUCAAGAUCCAGCCUCCCAGAGGUUGUCUGUUUUACGGUCCUCCCGGGACGGGGAAAACGCUGGUUGCCCGGGCGCUGGCCAACGAGUGUAGCCAUGGCAACAGGAAGGUGGCUUUCUUCAUGAGGAAGGGAGCCGACUGCCUCAGCAAGUGGGUGGGCGAGUCGGAGCGGCAGCUGCGGCUGCUGUUUGAGCAGGCGUAUCACAUGCGUCCGUCCAUCAUCUUCUUUGACGAGAUCGACGGCCUGGCUCCGGUCCGGUCCAGCAGACAGGACCAGAUACACAGCUCCAUCGUGUCGACGCUCCUGGCUCUGAUGGACGGGUUGGACAGUCGAGGUGAAGUCGUGGUGAUCGGAGCGACUAACCGGCUGGACUCCAUCGACCCGGCGCUGCGGCGGCCCGGACGCUUUGACAGGGAGUUCCUCUUCGGCCUGCCAGACAGAGAGUCCCGUAAAGAGAUUCUGAAGAUCCACACCAGGCAGUGGAAACCUCCUCCGGCUGAAGAUUUCCUGGAUGAACUUGCUGAGAGAUGUGUUGGUUACUGUGGCGCUGACAUCAGGGCGGUGUGCACCGAGGCGGCGCUGUGCGCUCUGCGGCGGCGCUACCCGCAGAUCUACGGCACCUCCCAGAAGCUCCUGCUGGACGUCUCCUCCAUCGCCGUCAGCAGCUGCGACUUUGUUGCGGCCAUGAAGAAGAUGUCGCCGGCCUCGCAGCGCUCCGCCGCCUCGCCCGCCAAACCCCUGUCACCCGUAGUUCACCCGCUGCUGGGCGCCGCCCUGCACAACAUCCUGGAGGCCCUGCAGAGGCUCUUCCCCCACGCUGAGCAGGGGAUGAAGAGGAGGAGGGAGCCAGAUCUGACCUCCGGUAUCCUUGACGACGGCCUGAUGUACAGUGGAGACGAAGGAUUGAGUACCUCCAGCAUCUCCGCGCCCUCCACCUCCAAGAGCAGGAACUUCCUGCACUUUGCCAGGAGCGCAGUCAAACAGCCGACGUCUUACCGUCCCAGGAUGCUCCUGGCAGGUUGCCCCGGCGCCGGUCAGACCUCCCACCUGGCCCCGGCGGUGCUGCACACCCUGGAGCGUUUCACCGUCCACAGCCUGGACUCUGCCGUGCUGUUCGGAGUCAGCAGCACCUCCCCGGAGGAAGCCUGCGCCCAGGUGUUCUGCGAGGCUAAGCGGACGUCUCCAAGCAUCCUCUACGUCCCCCACAUCCAGCAGUGGUGGGAGGCGGCGGGGCCGGCGCUGAGGGCGUCUUUCCUCAGCCUGCUCACCAGCAUCCCUUCCUUCUCCCCCAUCCUCCUCCUCGCCACCUGCAGCGUCCCCCUUCAACAGCUGGAUCCAGAGAUUCAGUCUCUGUUUCGGGAGGAGUACGGGGAGGUUUACACCGUCAGUGUUCCCACCCGUAAGGAGAGGACCAACUUCUUUCAGGACCUCAUUCUGAACCAGGCAGCCGAGGCUCCACCCCCCAAAAAAACUGCACUGACUCAGGCCGUGGAGAUCCUUCCCCUGGCUCCCCCGCCUCCUCCCCGCCAGCUGUCGGAGCAGGAGCGCCUCCGUUUGGAGGAGCAGGAGGAGGACGUGCUGCGGGAGCUCCGCCUCUUCCUGCGUAACGUCACCGAGCGCCUCUCUCUGGACCGCCGCUUCAGGGCCUUCACCAAGCCAGUCGACAUAGAGGAGGUCCCGGACUACCUGAUGGUGAUCAAGAAGCCGAUGGAUCUCUCCACGCUGCUGACCAACAUCGACGAGCACAAGUACGUCACCGUCGGCGAAUUCAUGUCAGACGCCGACCUCAUCUGGCGGAACGCCCUCGAGUACAACCCAGACAGCGACCCCAUGGACCGUCACAUCCGUCAUCGAGCGUGUGCGCUGAAGGACACGGUUCGCGCCAUCAUCAGAGACGAGCUGGACGAAGACUUUGCGAGAGUCUGCGAGGAGAUCAAAGAGACGCGCAUCAAGAGAGCUUCUUCCUGCGGGACAGACCCAGAGGAGACCAGCGGCGUCUACAGCUCCACUUUCAGCAGGAACAGCCCUCGACCUCCACCUCGUAAGAAAAAGAAGUACAAAAAGCCCCGAAAAUCCAAGUGGAGCACCGGCGUCAUUAAGAAAACCAAGAAAAAGAAACAACCCGUCCCCGUCUCGUCUUCCUCUUCUUCCACGUCCAGCAGGGGCGUCUCUGAGUGUGAGGAGAACGGAGUCGUCGUAACCAAAGCGGUGAAUGGCUUUUCUCUUCUGAGCUCAUGCACCACGUCAGAGAGCAGCGACGGCGAGCACGGCCACCUAACGGGCACCAUGAACGGGCACCAUCAAGACAUCCCCGACGUCACAGGAACCCACAACGGAGUCAUGAUGAACGGGUACCACCAUCCUGACCCACGUGACCUGCAGACAGCUGACAGAGUCCCCACGAGGAGCUCGGAUCUCAGGCGUCCGACUCGGACCUCAAAGGCUCCCCCCGUCCCAAAGAUGAUGGUGAACGGGGUUUGUUUGAGCAAAUUAGGUCUGUAUGCCUCACAAAAAACCUCUAACCCUGCUCUGCUAACCGGUCUUCACUGGACUACGCUGCUGCAGCUUCCAAACAACGCGCAUGAGAAGUGUGUCAAACACUUAAGACUCCUUCUUCUUCUGCUUCUGCCGCUGCUGAACAAGCUUCAACAGGCCAAAGCUUCAGACUCAAAGGCUCCGCAGAACUCUGGGCAGCGAGCCAGGCUGACACAAGCUGAGCUGAGAGCAGACCGUCUCUGCUUAUCAGAGGAAGUUAAUCUUAUCAAAGUCGUACUCUUAAAGAAAGAUCACAUAUCCCCAUAUCACACAGUCAGAGACCUGAGACCGGACCAAAGACUUUGGUCUUUCCUGAGAUCCAGAAGUAAGAGUUACAGAGGCAGAGCCUUCUCUAUAGCUGCCUCAAAACUGUGUUGUGUGUAAAUUGCAGUAGUGGAGGAAGUACUCAGAUCCUUUACUGCAGUAACAAUACUAAUACAGCAAUGUUAUAAGUAAAGGUCCAGCAUGAAAAAUCCUAC